AGCCGGGGGGCGGGACCGUGGCGGAGGCUGGAGCUUGGCGUCGGGAUGCAGCGCCCCGGGCCCUUCAGCACCCUCUACGGGCGGGUCUUGGCCCCGCUGCCCGGGCGGGCCGGGGGCGCGGCCUCUGGCGGAGGCGGGAACAGCUGGGGUGUCCUGGGUUCCCACGUGCAGCCUCCCGGGCGCACGCAGUCCGGGACCCGCGCCGGCGUCGGCGGUACAGGUACCUACGGCGGGGACGCCAACGGCGCCUGCCCGGCCCCCUCCACGAUGUCCAAGGCCGAGGAGGCCAAGAAGCUGGCGGGCCGCGCGGCGGUGGAGAACCACGUGAGGAAUAACCAAGUGCUGGGAAUUGGAAGUGGCUCUACAAUCGUUCAUGCUGUACAGCGAAUAGCUGAAAGAGUGAAACAAGAGAAUCUGAACCUUGUCUGCAUUCCCACCUCCUUUCAGGCCCGUCAGCUCAUCUUGCAGUAUGGCUUAACUCUCAGUGACCUGGACCGACACCCAGAGAUCGACCUCGCAAUUGAUGGUGCUGACGAGGUAGAUGCUGAUCUCAAUCUCAUCAAGGGCGGUGGAGGCUGCCUGACCCAGGAGAAAAUUGUGGCUGGCUAUGCCAGUCGCUUCAUCGUGAUUGCCGACUUCAGAAAAGAUUCAAAGAACCUUGGGGAUCAGUGGCACAAGGGAAUCCCCAUUGAGGUCAUCCCAAUGGCCUAUGUCCCAGUGAGCCGAGCUGUGACCCAGAAGUUUGGGGGCGUGAUUGAACUUCGGAUGGCUGUCAACAAGGCAGGUCCCGUCGUGACAGAUAAUGGAAAUUUUAUCCUGGAUUGGAAGUUUGAUCGGGUGCAUAAAUGGAGUGAAGUGAACACAGCUAUCAAAAUGAUCCCAGGCGUGGUGGACACAGGCCUUUUCAUUAACAUGGCUGAGAGAGUCUACUUCGGGAUGCAGGACGGCUCCGUGAACAUGAGGGAGAAGCCUUUCUGUUGACCGUGUGCAGGAGCGAACUGUGUUCACCUUGAGCCCCCGGCCCACAGCUGAGGUGGACAUGCCUCUCCAGGAGCCUUUGCCUUAAUGUCUCUGUGCCAGAUAGACAGCUGGCAGGGUGGGGGUUGGGGGGUUAAAUCUAGUCUUCUGAAGUAUUGUUAUUUAAUGUCUUUUUAAAAAAAGAAAUAUAAACCUAUAUAUUUUUACUAUUAAAAAUACUGUUUUUUUUAAUAAAGUAGAACUUGAUUUCAUGUUUUAUAUGAAACAUUUACCAAAAAAAAAAAAAAAAAUAAGGGAACUGUCUUUUAAACUUUUAACUUGAGCCUGCUGGUUAAGCAUCUGAAUAUUGGGUUUGCUGAGAAACGUAAAUCAAAACUUUCCUUUAAACUGGUGAAAUGAAGGGCCCAGCCAGCAGUGAUUCCCUGAUGCCUUACUGGAAACAUUAGAGUUUACUUUUCUACCAUGCUGUCUUGUCUUUAGUUUUUGUUGUGAUCACGUACAAUACUUAGGUACAUAUUUUAAGGUGAGGUUUACAGAAGUCUGGCGAGUGGAGCAGUGUGGUGUAGAGUGACUCAGAGUGUAAACCGUCAGGGAGAAAAUGUGGUUCUUUUGCUAAGACCUGGGGGUUCCUUCAGACCCCUGUUGUGGGAAGCAAUUGGCCAGAAAUACUUGCCAGUCCUGCCAAAGCACUGCUGUGAAAUGUGAAAUACUUUUAAGUACUUGUCUUUUUGUUAUUGUUUCUCUUCCUUUAUUAUUACUUGCAUGGGGCGUCAGAAGCUGUCAUCUCCUCGGACUGUUUGAGGGUUGAAAUAAAACAGUGUGGUGCCACUUUGA